AUGGCGAGCUCUGCUAAUGCCUGGCCCGCCAACAGCGAGCCAGACACCGGACCCAGCGACGAGAGCAUCACAUUCACCUGCGCCGAGCAAUUCAUGAUGUACUGCAAAGCCGUGCGCUUCAACGACACCGACACGCAGGCCCGCAUCCUCGCGACCGCCAGCCCCAAAGAGCAGAAGCGCCUCGGCCGCCUGACAAAAGGCUUCGACCCCGUGAGCUGGGAUCAGGCCAAGAGCGGGGUGGUUGAGGCCGGCAAUAUGGCCAAGUUCGGGCAGAACGUUGAGUUGAGGCGCAAGCUGCUGGCGACGGGCGACCGGAUGCUCGCCGAGGCGGCGUAG